AUGCCACCCGCAAAAACCAAACCGAAAUUCCCUUUGUGCCGUCUUCCAAGUGAAUCUGUGACUAAUGUGCUAAAAAUCAUGAAAUUGUCAGAAAUCUUCAACCUAUCUGAAACUUCACUGAAAGCUAGAUCCAUUGUCGAAUUGGCAAUGCAAACAAUCCCAUCACACUUGGAUCUUCAAGGCUUUCCUUCCAAAAACUACAAGCUCACAGUAGAAAAUGACGGGCAAAAAGUUCAAGUUCAAUUCCCACAUGCCACUGAUGCGCUGACAAAUUUUAAGCAGAAGCUUUUCCGGAUCUGCAAAACUUUUCAAAUUAAGACUGCUUCUGUUUACUUCAGCUGCCCAGUUGAAGCUCACAUCAUCGAGUUGCUGGGGUUCAUUAAAAAGCGGAAGGUUCAAUUCCAAGAUUUCAGUAUCAAGGGCUCGGUGACGGAGCAAAAUUUCAAAUUUUUCAUGACAAUUGGAGCACAGAGAUUUCAUUUGGAUAUGAGUGAAACUCAACCAGUGACCGAGGUUUUCGCAUUGUUGAAAAUUCAAGAAGUUGUGCUGCAAAAUGCUGCGAUAAGCUCGCAGAUGCUGAACAAAGUUCUGAAGGCGUGGAAAACGACGAGCCGACUGAAAAAGUUCCGAGUGAUCAAGAAUUGGAAAAUGGACACUUCUGUGGUGUUUCAAGGCUUGCAUGUUAAGCAAAAAAGCCGCUCUGACACAAAAAAGGAAUACGAAAUUGAUCUCGAUGGUGGCGGUAAAGCUACAUGCUGCUUUAAAUUUGAGAAGGGAUCGUCUACAAAUGGAUUUGAAUUUAUUGUAAUUAACUAAAUUUAUUUUUUCAAAAAUCAUUAUUUUUAUUUUUUCACAAAUAAAAAAUUAAAUCU